AGGAUAUGGAAAUGGCGGUGGAUGGAGAGGCGAAGGAGAUCUGGAAGGGAGGAGCUGGAUCCGUGCUAAGCCUUGCCUCUGGUUCCUCGAUCCCCGUCCGCUAUCACUCCCUCUUCGCUUCGCACGAUGAUCUCCUUCUCCUCGAGGUCGACGAGAAGCUCCUCCCUGAUAUCCUCAAUCACCGAACAUGCAUUCGAGGCCAACCUGACGAGGAUGCAGUGCUUUGCACUCCUACUGCAACUUAUGCUAUGAAGUUUGUGGGCACCUCAAACACCGUGUUGCUUAUUCCUCCAGGGGAUGCCACAUCCUCAAACCCAGAAAUGCAAGUUGAAGAUACUGACAAGCAGGAUAUACCUAUGCCACAAUGCGUAGCAUCAGUAAUCAAAGUGGCCCCAGGCAACAUUGAACUGAUCCAAACAGCGCCAAGGCUUGAAAAGUUGAAAACACUUCUCAGUCAGAGGCCUUACAGACUUGAAGAGGAUUUGGAUGAUGGUCUGCAGUUGAAAUCAGGCCUUUAUAGAUGGGAAGAUUUAGUUGAACUAAUUCAGGCUAGUGAAGAAGAAAUAAGAGUUGGAUUGAAAUCUCUCUCUGCGGUAGAGCUUGAUGGAUUCUGGAGGAUAGUUGACCAGAAAUCCAUGGACGGAAUUCUUGACAUGAUCCUAAAUAACUCCAUCCUGCAUGAUUGGCGUCUCAAUGCACUCAUUGAAGAUGAAGUUUUAUCUAUUAUGGAAUCUGAUGGAUUUCCUCGCAGAAUUGUUCUUCAUUGCCUUGACACAUUUGGAAAUGCAUUGGAUGGUAUGGAAGGCUGUGUAUGGAGCCUGGAUGAGAAAAAAGUUUGUCUUCGUUUUGCUGCACGAGUAUUGGGUGCUGAAAAGAUGAAGCUAGAGGUUUUCAUGGAGAAAUGGACAAGGAAUGCUCCUUCAGGAAUGCAAGUAAACUUGCAAAUGCUCGAAGGAGAAAUUCUCUUUGAAAAAUUAAUUGAAACUUGGAUCCGCCGGUUCAGUGUAUCUGCUCUUCCAUCAACCCCGGCAGAGCGUUUUGCUGCACUGUUCAGAGAGCGGCCAAAGUGGGAGUGGAAAGACUUGGACCCUUACAUAAAGGAUUUGAAAGUUCCAGGCCUCUCUGCAGAAGCUUUGCUAAUCAAAUACACUCGGAGAACACAACCAAGUGCUGAUGUAGAGCCGGUUUUCAGUGCUAGAUAGUCACAAAUUCUCUUACACAUGUUCUUUAUCCUCACUCUUAUAUUGAUGCUCUCCAUGGGGAAUCAUUCCUGUGUUUUGUAAGUAACUAAGUACCCACCCUUCUUGAUUCUUCUUGCAAUCACUCUUUCUAUUGUAUCACCUGAAAGAACAUUUAGCAGUUGAGUAUGUUAUUAUGUUGCAAGUCUACUAGUGUAAACUCUGCAUUUUAAUGUUUGUACUUAUAAGCAAGUCUUAAUUGUUAGAAGUAGAGAGAAUGAGAAAGUGGAACAAGUCUAUCUCUAGAACUCACAUAACAUGAGUGACCCUUUGGGUCUACAUAUAGAACAUGAUAAGUAUAAAUAUACAUCU